AUGGCUGAAUCGAUCCCGGCAACCCAAACAGUUGCACUGGUGAGAGAGCUUGGUGGUCCAGUUGAAUUUGUGGACAACUAUGCUAUCCCGACUCCCGGCAACAAAGAAGUUCUGGCCAAGGUUCUUUACACAGGCGUCUGCCAAAGCGACCUGCAUACCAAAAGUGGAACAGCUGCAAGCCACGAGGGUACACCUAUCACCAAUAUCAAACUACCGCACAUCGGGGGCCAUGAGGGUGUUGGACGCAUAGUCUCAAUCGGGCCAAACUGUGAUCUAAGUGUCAAGCUGGGUGGUCUUGUCGGCAUCCGGUUUUUGAGUAGGAUCUGCCGUCGAUGCGAGUUUUGUCUGGCGGGCAAUGAGCAGUACUGUGUGAAGAGUACAAAUCAUUUGCAUCAUGAAGACGGAAGCUUCCAAGAAUAUAUUGCGUUGGAUGCUGAUAAUUUGACCAUCCUGCCCGAUGAUAUUGAUCCGAAGUUGAUAGGCCCUAUUUUAUGCGCUGGAGUGACGGCUUAUAAGGCAGUUCGGAAUGCCAAUUUCAAAAUCGGCGAAUGGGUGGUUGUUGUAGGCGCUGGUGGUGGUCUGGGACAUCUUGCAGUCCAAUAUGCACGAGCCCAUGGAGCAUCUGUAAUUGCGGUUGAUAGUGGCAAUGAUAAGCGCGAAUAUCUUUCCUCUAUAGGAGCAAAAGAAUUCGUUGACUUUGCUGCAAUCCCAGACGUCGUUCAGGAAGUUCGCAAGAUUACCAAUGGAGGUGCCCAGGCAGUAGUUGUUACGGCCGGCAACGCCAAAGCCUUUGCUCAUGCAGCCGAAAUGCUUCGAGUUGGAGGAACACUCAGCUGCAUUGGAAUUCCGCCAGGCAGACCCUAUAUUGAGACUCCCAUUGCGACCAUUGUCAUCAAGGGUUUAAAAAUCACUGGUAAUCUAAUAGGUUCGCUGAAGGAGUGCAUGGAAGCGGUCGAAUUGACACGACGAGGUAUUGUUGUACCAAAUGUCCAGGUAAGACCUUUCAGAGAAUUGUCCCAGGUGUAUGAGGAACUCGAAAGAGGUGACGUUUCCGGCCGAAUAGUUUUGCAGGUGGCAAAAGAUGUAUAG